AGACGGAGAUUGUAAACCGUGCAAAGUUCUCUGAAGUUCAUUUCGUUUAAACUGUUUGAGGGAGAGGAGAGUAAAAAUCAUCUAUUUUCGAAUGAGAGCGUUCAAUUUUGCUUAUAAAUCGGGCUGCAAAACAUUGCAAAAGUCCAGACAGGUUCGAGGUGAACUAAAACUGGAACAAAAUGGUAAUUGGGCAGCGAAGCAGGUAUGAAUUCUUAAAGUUUAUUUUUAAUUAUUUAUAAUAUUUAUAUUUAACAAAAAUCAUUAAUUCUUACUCAAGAUAAAUGUUAUUCAAUCCAAUUAUAUAAUAAUUAAAUAGAAUUUCAACACGAAGGAGAGCAGAUAGCUCUAUAAAAAAAAAGAAAAGAAAAAAUAAGAGAUAUCGCUUAACCGAUGUGUCAUACGCUCGCAUUAAUGUCCUUUAUGGAGGAUAAAAUAUAUAAUCAGCAUAUAGUUGAAAUCUCUAUUUUAAUGAUUUUUUUGUCCUCAUUCUGUGUAAAAGUACAUUGCGACCCAUUUAAGAGGUUUCUUAUCUUAUCGACGAAUCGUCUAUGUGUGUGUAUAGAUGUCUAAAUUUACGUACGUAAGUGUACCGUAUAUACAGUAUAUUUUUUAUAUAUUCUAUAUUGCGUAACAGAGGGCAAUGGUAUAAGAAAAGGAUAUGGAUAGGACAAUGGUAAUUGUUUUGUUUUGACACAGACACUGCCGAAUACGACAUCCACACCAAUGCAAAUUCCGGCCAAUCAUUCGCUAAAAAGUUCAGCUAUAUUACAGGUCUUGCUUGAAAGGAAAUUACCAGAGGAGAAUAAGGAGGAAGAGAAAACUCUAAAUUCUCCAAAUGACCUCCUCAAUUGUAAUAAAUGCGGACAAUAUAUUAUGCGACAGAAUAUGGCUUGUCAUUUGCAAUUCCACGAACAAAAACAACAAGUCGAUUGGUACCAUUUGUUCAUGAAAAAUUCUACACCCAAUUCCGAACAGGGAAAUUCGGCUACGACAUCCGGGUCAAAGAGUAUUUUAAAAGAUCUCCUCGAAUCGAACGAAGACAAACAAAGGCCUCAUAGACCAAAAUCAGCAUGGACACAGAAAUAUGCUCGUGAAAGUGGAGAAACGGUAAAAAGGGGUAAAAAACGAAGGAUGUCGGAAAACGACGGAGAAGAGGUUAACGAUGAGGAAGAUAUCGGUAAAACUGUUGCUACUCAAUGCGGCAAUUCUUCAACAUUGAAAUGCCAAUACUGCGGUAUAACUUUCGAGGAUGCCGUUAUGCACUCAUUACAUAUGGGAUGUCACAGUCAUUCGAACCCUUAUAUGUGUAAUGUUUGCGGACUGUUGUGCUCUAGUAAAUUCGAUUUUUAUAGUCAUAUGAUGAGAGGUGAGCAUGAACGCGAGCCGACAUCACCAACUUUUUGA